AUGUCUCCCACAACUCCGCCAACACCUCCAACCCUGCACCACCUCCUCACCCGCCUCGCCCUCGCAAAGCGCCUCUUCCUCAAACCGAAAUCCAAACGGCGACGCACACAACAACCCACCACCACCACCAAGAAGAAGAAGCCCACUGCUACUCCUCCCACACGCGAAUACUCUUUCCGGAAACGCCCUCCAUCAGUCACCACCCCAACUACCAUCCUCACCUCUUGGCGCGACGAAGACGACAGCACCGACGACGACGACUACGACCCGCGAAUCGAGCGAGCGUACUUGAAACGCAAAAAGCCAGUGAAGCGCGCAAAAACAGAGAACGGGAACUUGAGUCUCAUCGUGAAGAUCAAGAUCAACAUGGAGAGUGAGGCCGGGAAGGCUUUUCUGGAUACGUUGGGGAUGUAUCAGGAUGAUGAUAACGAUCCGUUAAUCAGUGACGAGGGACUUGGAGUUAUGGAUGAUGGAGAUGUAAUUGGGGGAAUGCCAUUACCAUCGUCAGCGUGCAAGCCGUGCAUCGAGACGGGGAGACUAUGUUCCAUAACCAGCACACCUUCCCUGAAUGGCCAAGGACCAGACACAGGGAUAACAAAGUACCCAUGCGAACAAUGCAUCCAGGCCACUAUUACCUGUGAACCCAAGUCCACCACCACCACCACCACCACCACCACCACCACCACCCUACCCACCGACUACACAACAACCACCCCCAUAAUCCAAACCAUAACAACAAUAACCACCUCCCUCACCCACCCCAUAACCCUAACCCCAACAUCCCAAACUUGCUCCUUCUGUUCCUCCCUCCCCUACAGCCUCUUCGGCCAGUACCAACCCCCACGAACAAUCUCCGUCUUACCAAUCCUGCCCCGGGGGAACAAAUUAGGAGAUUACAUGGAACUCCACCCGCAACCAUUUACUACUACUACUACUACUACUACUAAUUCUAUAACACGCAUAUGCGUAACCUGUGCAUUGGAACGAUUGCGGAUAAUGCUCUGCGGUACACACCCACCCACCCACACAUCAACAUUAUCAUUAUCAUCAUCACCACCACCAGCACCAUCCACAGAAUCUUCUCCUUCUACAUCUGGAUCAAAAUCAACUUCCUCAUCUAAAUCCAUCUCAGCACCAACGCCCCACAAAAUCCUCCCACUAAAGGGUUACGACCUUAAUACAUUCGACUUCGAGGCCGCGUAUACGUAUCUCGCUUCCUCAUCAUCUCUAUCUUCAGCAAGUUCACUACAAACUACUACUAACCCGUGGUGUUCUCUGUGUCCGCAUCCUGCGUUUUAUGGAUGUGCGAGGUUGCAGAGUAGGGAUGUAUAUCUGGAGGAAAUUACUGAGCCUCAGGCGAUGGGCGUCGGAUGUGGGUUGUUGCUUUGUGAGCGGUGUGAGGUGUUGAUGCGGAUGUAUCAGGGGAAGGUGGAGGAGGUGGUGAGGAGAAAUGAGGAGGAUGCGGUGAAGAAUUAUAGUAGUACUACUGGUGGGGGUGGGGGUGGUUUUGGAGGGAGUAGAGCGGAUGUGGGGUUUUUGUUAAAGGGGGAGUGGCUUUGGAGAGUGUUUAUGGGGGAGGGGGAUUGUCUUCUUCGAUCUUUUGGUGGUUCUUAG